AUGAGCGGGGUGGUGAUUGAGCGCAAGAUGAAGCAACGCGGGCUGCUCGAUCUUGGCUGGCGCAACGGCAGCAAAGUGGAGAUCACAUCAUCAGCGAAGGUCGCAGCCAAGCUCUCUCGCUGCCUUCAUACCCCGGUCUUGCUCGUUUCGGCGUCUCCGACGGGCUCAGCUGCUGCAGCCAUGUCAUCUGCAUACGCCAAGCAGAAGUUGAAGCAGUCGCGCGAUGCUCUGGCUAAGAAGGACUGGCCCGCAGCUGCCGACGCCGCUACGAGCGUGCUCGAGCAAGAGGCCGACAACUACAACGCCAACGUCUUUCUCGGACUGGCCUUGCUAAACCAGGGCAAGUUUGACGAGUCCGAAGCUGCCUAUAUCAAAGCGACGCGGGAUCAGCCAACACAGCUACUGGCAUGGCAGGGCUUGCAGAAGUUCUACGACCAACGGAAAAGCUGGGACAAGCUGCGUGAUGUGCUCCACCAGCUGCUCGAUCUCUACAAUGAUGCAAGCGAUGCAACAAAAUGUGCAGAGACCCUACAACGACUGCUGGCACUUGAGCGAGAAGAGGGCGGGCGCAAGCUAGUCAUCGACACGCUCUCCCUGCUGCUGCCCGAUUCCAAGUGCUACGGCACCUUGUCGUUGCUUGAGCAGCCAGACCAGACCCAGCCGGAGAAGACCACCACCUUCGAGAUGCAGAUGGCCAUCCACAUGAACAGCCUUGACGUUCUGCUCGAGAUGACCGAGCUGUCGGAAAAGUGGGAGGCGGAUACGAUCCAGAAGGAGGCUGACAAGCGCCGCAUGCGACUGGCAGGAGCUAGCAAGGGCAAAGAGGCGCUCACCAACGAAGUGCGUCUCGAGGUCUACUCUGCAUCGCGCCUCCCGAGUCUCUACGAGCAGAUCCUCUCCCAUCCCAAGGCGGCCGACGAGCUGCGUAUCGAGGUGGAAGCCAAGCUUCUGCGACACCGCCUCGGGCUCCUCACCUCGUUCCCACCCAAGCAACUCAGAGCAGGUUCAGCGCCAACCGGCACUGCUGCCGUGGACGCCAAGCAGCAAGAGAGGCAGCGACAGGACGAGCAGGAUCGCCAGGAUGCCAAGGUGCAGCUGCGAGACGAAAUCCUCAAGCUCGCGUCGGGAAUGGUCAUCAUCGGCUUGCCCGACGAGCUGGCGUGGGAAAUCGAUCUCGAGUGGCGGCCCGUCCGCUCGCUCGUCGAUCUGCGACUCGAGCAGAUUCGAAAGUUUGUCUCGCUCUUCCCACGCUCCGGCCGCACCAAAGCCUUCCGCUCUUUUCUGCUCUGGAUCAAGGACGAGCAGUUCCUCAACGAGAUCAAGGAGGAGGAGAAGCGCACGGACUCCGAGAUCCAACAGCCCCAAUCGCAAGACGAUCUGCUCAACCUGGCCAUCGACGGUCUCGAGGAAUGCCCCGACUCGGUCCUGUCGCAUCGUAUCGCCGCGACGUUCUACCUGCUCGAUCGUGACUUCCAGUCGGCCACUGAGGUCGCCAAUUCCGCGCUUCGCGUCGUUAGUAGCAUCGAAAGCGACAGUGCCGUCGACCUCGCAGACUCUCAACUCGGCAUCUCUCAGCUGCUUUUGACUGCCCUCACGCACCUUCACCCUCCGCAACACCAUGCCCGGUCUUCUCGUCUCAUCGAUGGCGUUCUGGAGAAGGAUCCAUCACACAUCGACACGCUGCUGGCCAAGGCUUACAUCGACCAGAGCGCCUCGCGCUGGGAGUCGGCUCGCAGCGUCUUUGAAAAGGCGCGAAGCAUCGCCGCCUCUCUCAACGCAAAUGAUUACAGGAAUCGCAUCGAACGACUGCUCUCGCUCAGCCCCGAUCCUGACCAGGAGGCUUGGAUCGAGAUGGCCUGGUGCGACGUCAAUCUCGGCGAUCUCGAGCAGGCCAAAAGCGAGAUGGAUACCAUCCUCGAGCGGGUCGAUCCCAUCUCCUUCCAAGGCGCUACCGCCGAGCUUCGCGCCAAGCUUUGGUGGCGUCUCGGCCAAUGUCUUUGGCUCAUGGAUGGCGAGUUUCGCUCUGACCCGGACCACGCUUUCACCGCCUUCAUCACCGCUCUCAAGCGCAACCCAGCUUUUGCUCCGGCCUACACUUCUCUGGGCUUGUACUACGGGGACGUUUUGCAGCCGCCCGACCUCGUCCGCUCCAGCAAGUGCUUCCAGAAAGCUUUCGAGCUUGAUGCUCGCGAGGACGUCGCUGCGAGAAGGCUCGCUGAAGGCUUCGCCGAGGAGCAGGAGUGGGAUCUGGUCGAGGUCGUUGCCCGUCGCACCAUCGAGGGCGAAGGUGGCGCCGAUGCUAUGGGAUCCAGCACGGCUGCGGCCGUACAGGCUUCACGCCGACACCUCUCACGCAACGCGUGGGCCUGGAAGGCAAUCGGCAACGUCGAGAUUGCCAAGAAGCAGUUUGAGGACGCCAUCAUGGCCUUCCAGAUCGCCUUGCGCGCCGAGCCCGAUGAUCAGAUCUCCUGGCAGAGGCUUGGUCAGGCCUAUGCUCUGGCAGGAAGGCAUGUUGCCGCGCUCAAGUGCUUUGCCAAGUGCCUUGACCUUGUCCGUGCUACCGGCGAUCCCGCCAACGACGGCUGGCAGGCGCAAUACAGCAUCGGUCAGGUCCACCUCGAGCUCGGCAACUUUCCGACCGCCAUCGAAACCUUUGCUUCCAUUCUGGCGGUUCACCCGGACGAGCUUGGUGUCAAGGUAGCCUUGAGCAACGCCUUUCUCCUCUCGUCCCGACACGAGCUUGCCACUGGCUACGUUGAAAGGGCCGAGAUCUCGGCGUAUAGCGCCAUUCGAGCAUCGCUUCAAGCAUUGCUGCAACACGACCGUCAUCUCAGGUCGGCAUGGAAGAUCGUCGCCGAUGCCGUCUUCCAUCUGAGCAACUUUGGCAAGCUUCAUCAGGCUGCACUCCUGGAGGAAGACGGGCUUGGAGGGCUCAGACCGCUGCUCGAGCUCGCUGCCGAGCUCCAGACGGAUGCCAAGCUUCCUUCGAUCAGCAUCGUGACGUACGAGAAGCUCGCUGGCGCUGACGAGGGCAUGUCGCCUUUCAGGCUGCUCAACAUCAGUGUCUACCUGUACAAGCUGCGAGUGGUGCUUAAUGCGUCGGACGACAACGUUGCUGGCAGCGCAUGGGCCGACCUCGCGACUGCGCUGUACCGUCUCUCUCGUGCGAUGCUCCUGCCGUCUUCGCAAGCUGGCCUUGUCGCGACCGAGACGUCGUCGGUCGCAGAAGUCGCCGAAGCACAAAGUGUGCAGGCCCGACUGCAGGCGAUCGGCUCGAUCAAGGAGGCACUCCGCCACGAACCAGGCCAGGAAGCGUACUGGCUGCUUCUGGGAAAUCUGACGUUCCACUCGUCGGUGGAUCUGGCUCAGCACUGCUUCAUCCGUGCGAUCGAGAACGCGCCCAAGAGCGCCAUCGGCUGGACGAACCUCGGCCUUCUCUACCUGCACCACGGCGACGUGGAACUGGCAAAUGAGAGCCUGAUCAAGGCGCAAACGGCUGAUCCUGACUAUGGUCCUGCAUGGGUCGGUCAGGCACUGGUCGCCAAACACUACGGCGAUCACCGCGCCUCGCGCGUGCUUCUCGAGCAUGCAGUCACGCUGACAGAGGGAAGCGUACAGGAGGCUGAUUACGGGCUGGGCGAGGCGGUGUUUGAUGGCUUCCGCCGACACGCAGCUACGACCGCAGCCGAUGCAAGAAUUACAGAGGCGACACUGUCGAACGCGUCGUUCGCGCUGUCCAGCUACAUUGCGCAUUCGCCCAGCGAUGUCGAUGCGCUCCAUCUCUCGGCGCUGGUUUCCGAGCGCCUGGGUCAGCUGGACUUGGCUAUCGAUAGAAUCAGUGCGGCAGCCACGCUGCUCGAAGAGAGGUACGAGGCGACCGAGUCGGCCGUCGUCGCGCGGCAAUACGCUGUGGCCGAGUCGAACUUGGGUCGCAUCAGGCUUGCUGCUGGCGACUUUGACGGUGCCGCUGCUGCGUUCGAAGCUUCUAUUGGACUGCUUGACGUUGCGGACGACGAGGCGAUCGACGACGCGGAAGACGGCAAGAUCGAGCCGCAGGUAUUGGAGAUCGCCAAGGUGCAGAGCCAGCUUGGUCUCGCCCUUGCGCAGCACUUUGGCGGCCGUAACGACAACGCGCUCGGAUCGAUCCGAGAUGCGCUUUCCAACGCCCGCGCGGCCGGCGCUGCUGCCCUCGAGCGUGAUCUCACGCUGCAAUUGGCCAAACUGCUCUGGGCUGUGAACGGUAGUGCGGGCAUCGAGGAGGUCAAGCAGGAACUGUUCGGCAACAUCGGUGCCGACGACAACUUGUCCACGCAUGUUCCGUCGAUCCUGGCCCUGGCCGUAUUGGGCCUGGGUAGCGACGAUGCGGGUCUGGCGGAAGCGGCGCAAGCAGAGCUGGAGGCCGUGCUUCAGAGCGCGGGCGCCGACGAGACCGAGGCCGUGGAUGACGUUGUCCGCGUCCUCGUGGCCAUCAAGGAUUCUGGCGCAGCGGGUGGGGCUGACGCGCUGACGCUCGUGCACGAGGCAAUUCAGGCCGCACUCGCGAGGCGGGACAGAGACCAGCGGGCGCUCUUCUCGCUGCACCUUGUGUACCUCUCGCAUGCAGUGCGCCUGCUCGAAAGAAGUGGAAAGGAAGGGAUGGGCGAGGAUCAGAUCUCUCAGCUGCUCGCGUACGCCUCGCUCACUCAGGAACGCUUCGAGGAGUACGCUCCGCUGUUCUCGGAGAUCGAGAACACGCGUGCAGCCCUUGCGAAGAUCCAGGCCCAGCUGCUGAAGCACUUCCCCACAGAGCUCGCUUCGUCUGUGCCACAUCCUGAGCACACACUCGCCGCACUCGCCAGGCUCGAUGCACCCUGGACUGCUGCUGCUUAG